UGACAUCGACCAACGAAAACAAAUAAAAAGAAGAAAACCAAAAUGGCUCAACAAGAACAUUGCGAUAGUCGCCAAAAUCCGAAAAAAGCCACCACAAGUCACUUAAGUCGUGAAGAUUUCGACGGAGGACCAGUUAGCAUCGAUCAGAUCGAAAAGGGAUUGUAUCUAGGCAAUGUAACGGCUGCUACCGAUAAGGGAUCACUGCAGGCCCAUGACAUCACUCACAUUUUGACCGUUGAUUCAUGUCCAUUACCUUCACACGUUCUACAAAUCUCCACAUUGACCAAUAAGUAUAUUCAAGUUUCCGAUGUUGCCAAAGAAGACUUACUCAGUCAUUUCGAUGAUUGCAUUGAGUUUAUUGAAAAUUCUCUGCUCAAUAACAAGCGAGUCCUCGUUCACUGCUAUUUCGGAGUUAGCAGAAGUGCGGCCGUCGUUAUUGCCUACAUAAUGAGGAAAUACAAAAUAUCCUUCUCACCGGCGUUCGAAAGAGUAAAGUCAAAGCGUCGAUUCGUUGGACCGAAUCCUGGUUUCGUACAACAACUGAGGCUGUUCUAUAAGAUGAAAUGGACAAUUGACAUUCACCACGAACAGUACAAAACCUAUCGUCUACGAUUGGCCGCUGACAAAGUUCGAAAGGCCAAAAUUCUACCCCAAUCCUGCAUGGACUUAGUGAAACAAGACCCGGGUCUGAUUCAAACCAAUCCCGAGCCGAUUGUCUAUCGAUGCAAAAAGUGUCGUCGCAUUGUCGCAUCGAAAAGCAAUGUCAUCACUCACAAACCGGUGUCGCCGAAUCAACGACCGAGGGAGUGUGCAAAGUUAGAUGCGUACGCUGAUGAGCAUACCGGUGUUAUGAUAGACGAAAUCAGCGACAAACUGAAGGAGAAUUCGUUGAGCAGUGAUCGAUCGUCGGAUGUGGAAAUGGAUUACUGCAAGGACGUCUAUUUCAUCGAGCCGCUAGCCUGGAUGGACGGGAUACUGCGACAAACGAAUGGCAAAUUGCAUUGUCCCAAGUGUCAGAGUAAGUUGGGCAGUUUCAGUUGGACGAUGGGGAUAAAUUGUCCGUGCGGUACUCAGGUAUCGCCGGCAUUCUAUUUGGUGCCAUCGAAAGUGGAGCUUAGUCGAUCGGUGCAGAAUGUUCAGAUUACCGUUUAGAGUUGCGUCGUCGACCCGCCGACUGAAAUCAUUUUUAGACUGUAAGGCGCUGCUUUCUCUGUUUGGAGAAAGUGGGCAAUUGGCUUCCAUUAUAUACAAAUGUAAUAACAGACCAUUCUAAAUACGCUUAAAAUUGUACAACAAAUUAAAUGUUUAUCGCGCGGUGAUGUGUUCAAAUAAUUAAAAGCAUGUUGGAUGUU